AUGGCUUCCCUGCCGCUAGUUUACAUUCUCAUCUACACGCUAUUCCAACUAUGCAUCUCGGCGACUGCAUCGCCCGAUCAAGAACCCCGAUUCCGCUCAGAAAAAUAUGCUAAAGGCUUCGAGGGUCCAUACCCACUGCAACGAUAUCGCUCCGCCGAUGUAUCAGGCCCGAUAUUAAACUAUUGGCAGCGCAGUGUCGCCUGUGAGGAUGGCUUGUAUACCAUUUUUGCGCCGCGGGGAGAUUCGGUGCGGCAGUCGGGCCCGAUGAUCGUGGAUCAGCAGGGGCAUUUGGUGUGGUUUAAGCAGUACAAGCCCACGACGUAUAAUGCGAAUGUGCAUAAGUACAAGGGGGAGCGAUAUUUGACUUUUUGGGCGGGUGAUGAUUCUGUUCGAGGGCACGGGGAGGGCACGUAUUAUAUGCUCAACUCCCACUACGAAGAGGUAUACAAAAUCCACGGUGUAAACGGGCUGUAUGGAGAUCUCCAUGAAUUCCAAAUCACCCGCGACGACACUGCCCUCUUCGCCGUCUACGAAAUACUUGAGAGAGACCUCCGCGAAGUCAACGGCCCAGAAAAAGGCUGGAUCUACGACGGUCUCUUCCAAGAAGUCGAUGUCGAAACCAACGAACUCCUCUUCCAAUGGCGAGCAUCAGAGCAUUUCCCGCUGCAAGAAGCCGAGCGCGAUCGCGAGGGCGACGGUGAAACCGAAGAGAAUCCCUGGGAUUUCUUCCACAUCAACAGUAUCGACAAGGACUGGCGGGGAAACUACCUCGUUUCAUCCCGGUACAUGAAUUCACUAGCCUACAUCGACGGGCGUACAGGCCAUAUCAUCUGGAAACUAGGCGGGAAGCAGAAUUCCUUCUUAGAUCUGAGUGACGGCGCAUCAACGAAUAUCAGCUGGCAACACCACGCCCGAUUUCACAUACAAGCCGACACAAAUACAACACGGACGAUAUCCCUCUUCGACAACGCCUCCCGUGGUGAAGGCGCGCCCGAACACACGAGUCGUGGGCUGAUUAUUGAAAUCAACGAGGAAACCAUGACCGCAGCCGUGGUACAAGAGUACUGGAAUCCCACACCGAUCAGUAGUCAAUCACAAGGAUCGAUGCAGAUUCUCGAAAACGGGAACGUCGUCUUGGGAUACGGGUACAGCGCUGCAUGGACGCAAUUCACGGCGGAUGGGGAACCGCUCUGCGAAGUGCAUUUCGGACCACAGACUCAAUUCCACCGUGGUCAGAUUGUUUCGUAUCGCGUUUUCAAGCAGGAAUGGGUUGGUCUACCGCUGACUAGUCCCUCUGUCGCGUUAUCUGGGACCCAAGCAGCUGUUAGUUGGAAUGGAGCUACUGAAGUGGUGACUUGGGUUUUACAGGGUGCAUUACCGAGGGGGAAGGUGAAUGGGGAUGACAACGCUGUGGCUAUUCGACAACGGGCCGAUGACGAGGAAGGUGAUGUCAAAUUCGAAUUCAUUACUGCUGUCCCGAAAAGUGGAUUUGAGACGAUCAUCCCCGUGCCGGCCGAUACUGUGUAUAGCAAAUUGCGGAUUAUCGCCCUUGACAAGAAGGGUGUCUCGCUUGGUGCAACGAAAGGGUUGGACUGGGAGCCAGAAGAGAUGAACACCGAAGUUGCGGUAUACAGUGGCGAGGAGCCGCAUGAUGAUGGGAAUACAGGGGAAGCACCCGAUGCAACAUCCCCUUGGACGGUGGGAAUUGGAUUGAUCACAGUGGCCAUACUCGGAUUCUGCGUCUGGCUUGUAUGCAAGAUUGCAUAUAGUUGCUCUCCGAAAGGCCUAUUUACCCGUGAACAGAGCGAGCAAGCCUGGCAGAGGGUGUCUACAGGGGAAGAAUUGGACGAACUGGGCGGUUUCAGUGAUAUCGAGUCUGGGGAUCGUGCAAGUGACUCUUUACUGAAGCAACAGCAAGAAUGA